CACCAAUUUACACUAGUGCAUCGACGAAUUCCAUGGAAACAAUUUCAACUGAUCUAACAACAAUUGACACUGGAGUAUCUCCGACGUCAACUGAUAUCACAACGAUUGACAAUGGAGUAUCUUCUACUAUCAAAUCUACUACAAAUCCAAAAUUUGAUGUUUCAACUACAACUGAACUAUUAAUAAACUAUUCUUCGACCAUUUCAACUUCUCCGGCAUAUAGCUGUAACAAUGUUAAAAACUGCAGUGGACAUGGUUAUUGUGUAGGCCCUGACAUGUGCAAAUGCCACGAUGGAUUUGCUGGUCGGAAAUGCAAGCGAUGUAGAAAGGAUAGAUUUGGACCCACCUGCUCAAAAUGCAAAGAUUGUAAAGAAGGAAGAUGCAAUGAGACUACAGGUAGGUGUGAUAUAAUUACAACUACUACCAAUGUCAUGGAUGAAACUACUUUACAAAAGACAGCUACUCAUGCGACAUCUACGACCUUGACUGAUACGCCAAUAGAAAAUGAUGAAUCUACAAUAACAAGUAAUAUACGGACAACACUCACUGGUGCAUUUGUGACUUCAGCUAAUAAAACGACGAUUGAAACUGGUACAACGGCGACUUCAGCUAACAGAACAACAAUAGACACAAGCCCAUCUAUGACUUCAGCUAGUAUCACAACAAUUAAUAUUGGUGCAUCCAGCACUUCAAGUGAUACAACAUCAAUUGACACUGAUGAAUCAAAGACUUCAACUGAUAUGAUAACAAUUAAAACUCGACCGACGACAGCUUCAACUGACAAAACAACAUUUGACACUGGUGCAUCUACGGAUUCACCUGAUGUAACAGCAAAUGACAAUGGUGCAUCCACGACCUCAAGUGAUGAAACAACAAUUGAUCCUGGUGAAUCAACGACUUCAUCUGAUA